AUGCCGGCCCCGUCACUCCUUCAGCUUUCUACGGCGGCUGCCGUCAAAAACAUGAAAUGCCUCGACGAUAUUGGCAGCAUACCGUAUUCUCUUGCUCGACCAUUCCUUCUGAAGAUCGAAAGCCCCGAGAAACUACGAUCGAUCGAGUUGCAAUCACCGCACAUCAUGAAGGAUAAUGACGAAUUGUGGAUCGGUUUUAUCAAGCGCGACAUUCCCAAGUGGGAAGAAUACGAUAUCCCCGAGAAUCCCGAGUCCUGGUACGAAGUCUACUGCGAUCUCCGGGAACGAGUGCAAAGAGAAGUAGAUAAGGAUGCAGAACAAUUGAAGCAAGCCAUGGAGGGCAUCAACUCGAAGCGCGCCCAACACAGUACUAAGCUUGUGACCGACCAGCGCAGCGUACGCCUUCCCCCGAUGAAACCGACAGAGAGAGCACGAUAUGCCGCGUAUGAUAGGAAGAUAGGUGGUAUUAAGCCGGUCUUCUCUUCCCCUUCUUCCGGUGUCUCGGCAGAUCCGAUGGGAGGUCCUGCGUGGUCGUUUGAGCGGCCGCAGAUUCCGCGCUCGUUCUCGGGAGAUGGAAAGAAGAAGAACAGCAUCUUCUCUGCGCCAAAACGGAAUAAAGCCCUUGCUGUUCCGACCGGCCAACUGCACAAUAGAGCGUCACAGGUCAAGAUGGCUCCGCGGUCUCUUGUUGAAGCGCAUCGACAGCCGUCUGAACCUGCUCUUGCUGCACGAAAGGCCUCUCCAACGUCAAAAGCGCAUCCAGCUUUGAGAGCGCCGGGACGGACCAGGUCACAGCCUGGCUUCGGAUCAAGCAAUCCUGUUAUCACGCCAUCUUUGCAGGAAAGGGAAGCGAGGUUGCGAGCUUUGACUUCGGGAAAGCCCGUUAGCUCCCCAUCGUCAAGAACUCAGACACCUUCUGCAUCAUCGAGGACACCGGCACAGAAAUCCACACCAGCAACUAGAGGCCCAUCGCCUCCGUUACCGGCCAAAAGAGAGGUCGACGAUCUUUUCGAAUCUUCACCAGAGCCCGAACCUCAGGAUAAUCAGCAAGACCCAAAACGGAAGGCCCCGAAGCGUGCUAGUCCAGAGCCAACUUUGAAUGUGGGUGAGUCCAAGACACUACCAGCACAAGCGCCACGCUUCGCAACGAUUCGCAAGAGACCUGCUCCGAGCAUCUUCAUGCCACCAAAGAGAAAGAAGGUGACCUAA